UGCACACGGGUGCUUUGCUCCCAUCUAGGCUGAGAGGCUGUGGGAUGUUUCAGUCACAGCAGGAGCCCAGCCUUGGUUUUGCAGUGCACCCAGGAGCAAAGUGGGGCAGGUGGCUGCGGCCCCCGCCCGCUGCAUCCUGGAGGGCGCAGGGCGUGGGGUGAGUGGGGAAGGAAGCUUGUGCAAGAGCAUGUAUAAGGCCCAAACCCCCACCCAGGAGCCCAGCCCAGCCUCCCGGAGAGGAACUUCCCACCACCGCAGCCAGACGGAGGAAGCCGGGGCUGAACGACACAGCGCCUCUCCCGCCCCGCAGCACAGUAUGGGGCAGCCGCCGCCGCCAGGCAACUAGAGCAGUUGCGGAGCCGAUCGAGGAGCGGGCCGCGCCCAUGGCGCCCUGCAGGAGGAAGGACCCCCGGCGCCCCGGCCCCGCCGCGCCCCCGCUGCCCUGGGCGCUGCUGAUCGCCCUGGCGGGGGCCGGGGCCGUCGUGUGCCAGCCCCGCUUCGCCCUGCCCGUGCGCAUCGACAACAUCGCGGCGAGCGGGGACAGCCUCCUGCUGGCGGGCGGCAGCUGCCUGUACAAGCUGCACCGGGGCCUGGGCCGGCCGCCCUCCGGGCAGCUGCAGCUGGCGCACGCCGGGGCGCAGGACUGCGCGCAGCCGGCGGGCACCCACAGCAAGCUGCUGCUGCCGGACCCGGAGCGCGGCCGCCUGCUCACCGGCUGGACCCUGCACGGCGGCAGCUGCCAGGUGCGGCUGCUGGGUAACCUGACGGCGCUGUCCAACCAGAGCGAGGUGGUGAGCUGCCUGCCGCAGGGCUCCACCACCGGGGUGCUCUUCGCGCCGCAGCCCAACCAAGGCCGCUUGCUGGCGCUGGCCGCCACCUACUCGCUGCCCGACACCAACCUGACGUGCGCCCCCUCGGCCUCCGACGCCGACACGGUGCUCACCGUGCGCCGCCUGCCGGACCUGCGCCUGACCGGGGGGGAGUUUGCGACGCUGAAGCGCGACAAAGCGAACCCGCUGCACUUCGUGGACGCCUUCCUGUGGGGCGAGCACCUCUUCUUCCCCUACUACCCCUUGCCCCCGGCGGCGCAUCCCAGCGUGGCCGUGCUGAAGUCCCAGAAGGACUCCCCCGUCCCCAGCCUCUUCGGCGAGCUGCGCCUGGACUGCGGCGCCCGCAGCACCCUCCUCUCCUCCAGCCUCCUGGAGCAGGCGGGCUUGUGGGCCGGGGUCUUCAGCGCCGGGCCGGGCGAGCGGCGCUGGGACUCCACCGCGCUCUGCAUCUUCGCCGUGCGGGACAUGGAGCGGCUGGCCGGGCAGAGGAAGGAGCCGGCCUCCAGUUGCAGCCAGUUACUGAGAAUCAAUGAAAAUCGCCGCUGUCAAAAACUGUUAUCACCGGUCAAAAAGUCACCCACCUUGAUUCACUCUGAUUUAUCAGCUGUUUAUGCUACUGUAGUUUUGAACAAGACAGUUUUGUUUUUGGGAACAAGAGAUGGACAGUUACUGAAGGUUAUUCUUAACAACAACAUGGAACCGAACUGCCCUGAAAUUUUGUAUGAAAUUGAAGAAGAAUCUUCCAUUUUCCCCAAACUUGUACUUGACCCAGUGGAUAGUGACUACAUAUAUCUGUCAUUUGCUAACGAGGUGAGAAGAAUACAGGUUGCAAACUGCAAUAAAUAUGGUUCCUGUAAAGAAUGUUUAUCUGCAAAGGAUCCACACUGUGGAUGGUGUUCUUUAAGCAAAAGGUGCACUUUAAAAGGAAAUUGUUCACAUUCAAAUAACUCAGGGGACUGGGUUAACAUUUCACAUGAAGCUGGUAAAUGCCUGACAAUCCAGAUACUUCUCAUUGGUAGAAACAAGAUUGUUGUGACUGCAGUUGGAGAUGUUUCAGCGCUCUCCAAAAGACAUUUUGUUUGUAUUGUGAAAGAUACAAAAACCAACCAAGUACUUUGUAAAAUGGAAGAGCCACAAAUCAUGAACUGCUCCUGCAAUCUAAAUAAUGCAACACUAAUCAAUAGGGAUAUUUCAGCUGUUGAAGUGACACUCAUCUCUGAUUCUUGGAAUUUGUCAGAAACAUUUCAGUUGAAAACUUGCUCAAGAUGUAUCAGCACUGAUGUUUGUGCCUUGUGUGAAAUAAAGCAUAUCUCUCCCUUUGUUGCCUGCAAGCCUGAUGGUUCUGGGCAAGUUCAGGAUGAUUGUCAUCUGAUUGUCAAACAAGGGAAUGUGCCAGCCACUACUGCUUCCCAAAGGAAUGCUACUACACAGAUGUCAGAGCCUAUCCGCAGUAUUUCCAUAGAACCUUUAUGGAUAUCAGUGUUAGGUAAAAGGGACGUGGUAGUCAAAGGAGAAAACUUUAGCGAAGCAUCAAACAUUACAAUGGUGUUGACUGGAACCAGUGGCUGCAAACAAGACAACAUACAAGUCAGCAAGGUGUUAAAUGACACACACGUGAGAUUCUCUCUCCCACCUCGACGCAAAGAGGCCAAGAGUGUAUGCAUAAAGGCCAAUGGCGGUAAAUGUUCACCACCAAUCACAGUAUAUUAUGUCUCUCAGCCAUCAUGUACUAAAAUGGAGCCAAAUAUCACUUGGGUCAGUGGCGGUCGCAAAAUAACCCUCUUUGGGAGAAAUUUUAAUGUGACAGACAGUGUCAUUAUUUCAGAUGACCAGAGAUUAAAUUUUACUGUCUCUGGAUGUCCUGGAAGUACUUCUCCAUGUAGUUUCCUAACACCAGAUGUUAGCCUUUCAAAAGGGAGUAAAAUUGUUAAUGUGUCACUAAAAGUGGAAAAUGUCCUUAUACCUUGUAUUAAAUUACAAUAUUGUCCUGACCCUAUAUUUAUUGACUAUCAACUGCAUACUGAGAUGGACCCCCAUCUGGAAUUAAAAUUAUAUAAAAAAAAUGACAUCUUAGAUAUUUCUGAAAAUGAGAUUGGCGUUACUCUUACUCACGUGAUGAAUGGUACACUUUUGGAAACUAUAAUCUUCAGUGUUCAAAAUAUUACCAAAACUCCAGAUCGUAGUACUAUACUGUGCAAAGUCAAAAGGGAAAAACCAGGCAAGAUUGAGUUAUCCACUGUGAAAGUUUGGGUCAGAUUAGGAAACUUUACGCAGGAAAUUCAAAAGAAAUCAUUGCACAAGUAUUUGUAUGUUCUGACUUUGCUUCCUAUCUUAUUACUGAGUGUAAUUGUUGUGGCAAUCAUAGUAACUAGGUACAAAUCCAAACAGUUAACCCGUAAACUGAGUCAACAAAUUGAACUGUUAGAAUGUGAAAUUCGGAAAAAAAUACGUGAUGGAUUUGCAGAACUACAGAUGGAUCAAUUAGAUGUGGUGGAUAGUUUUGGAACUGUUCCCUUCCUUGACUACAAACAUUUUGCUCUUAGAACUUUCUUCCCAGAGUCAGGCGGCUUUGCAUCCAUUUUCAUUGAAGACAUGCACACUAAUGUGUCACGGAGCAGAGACCCCAGGCGAAAGGAUGAAAGCCUCACCAUGUUGCAUGCUUUAAUUUGUAACAAGAAUUUUCUUGUUACUCUCAUUCACACCCUUGAAAAACAGAAAAAUUUCUCUGUGAAAGACAGGUGCUUGUUUGCAUCCUUCUUGACUAUUGCACUACAAAGUAAACUAGUCUACCUAACCCAUAUUCUAGAAGUUUUGACCAGGGACUUGAUGGAGCAGUCUAGCAAUACGCAACCUAAGCUCAUGCUAAGGCGCACAGAAUCUGUCGUAGAAAAACUGCUGACAAAUUGGAUGUCUGUUUGCCUUUCUGGUUUUCUUCGGGAGACAGUUGGAGAACCAUUCUAUAAGCUUGUGACUGCCCUCAAUCAGAGGAUAAACAAAGGGCCGGUAGACGUAAUCACUUGCAAAGCCCUAUAUACACUAAAUGAAGACUGGCUUCUGUGGCAAGUGACCGAAUUCAAACCAGUGGCACUGAAUGUCUUCUUUGAAAAAAUCCCAGAAAAUGAGAGUACAGAUACCUGUCUUGAUAUCCAAGUUAAUGUUCUGGAUUGUGAUACCAUAGAGCAAGCCAAAGAGAAGAUCUUUCAAGCAUUUCUAAACAAGAAUGGCUCUCUUUAUGGUCUUCAGCUCAGUGAAAUUGGUCUUGAACUUCAGUCUGGUGCACAGCAAAAAGAACUGUUAGAUAUAGAUGGUUCCUCUGUGAUUCUGGAAGAUGGGAUAACAAAGCUAAACACCAUAGGUCACUAUGAGAUUUCAAAUGGAACAACUAUAAAAGUCUUUAAAAAGAAAACUAAUUUCACACCAGAUGUGGAAUACUCGAACGAACACUGUCAUUUGAUUUUACCUGACUCUGAAGAGCCACAGGGAGCAAUGCACAAAGGAAAGCAAAAAUUUGAAGUGAAAGAAAUGUAUCUGACAAAGCUGCUGUCUACCAAGGUUGCAAUUCAUUUAGUUGUUGAAAACCUCUUUAAAAGCAUUUGGAGUUUACCCAACAAUAAAGCCCCAGUUGCCAUCAAAUACUUUUUUGACUUUUUGGAUGCUCAGGCUGAAAGUAAAAAAAUUACAGAUCCUGAUGUGGUCCAUAUAUGGAAAACCAACAGUCUUCCUCUUCGCUUCUGGGUGAAUAUAUUGAAGAACCCUCAGUUUGUCUUUGAUAUUAAGAAGACACCACAUAUAGAUGGCUGUUUGUCAGUAAUUGCACAAGCUUUCAUGGAUGCCUUUUCUCUAACAGAACAGCAGCUGGGAAAGGACGCACCAACAAAUAAACUUCUCUAUGCUAAGGAUAUUCCACUCUACAAGGAGGAGGUGAAAGCUUACUAUAAAGCAAUCAGGGAUUUGCCUCUAUUGCCCUCAGAGGUAGAAGAAUUUUUAACUCAGGAAUCUAAGAAACAUGAAAAUGAAUUUAACGAGGAAGUGGCCUUGACUGAAAUCUACAAAUACAUAGCAAAAUAUUUUGAUGAAAUUCUAAGUAAAUUAGACAGAGAAUGGGGACUAGAAGAUGCCCAGAAAGAUCUCCUGCAUAUAAAAGCCUUAUUUGAUGAAAAGAAAAAAUGCAAGUGGAUGUGAACAGAGCACAUGGGCCCAAGACUAUGAUCCGGUGAAUUUUUAAACUAGAGGUGCUGGUAUCAAACGAGUGUUUUGGCUGGUUAUGUGUAUUUUUUUUUAACAUUUGGAUAUUGCUCUCCAUUAUGACCAUUUAAAGUAUUAUUUUAAGUGUAGGGCAUAAACAACAGGCACGGAUACAGGACUAGACUUUCAAAUAUGGGCAAGUAAAAGUGCAUGUGAGCUUGGUACUCGUGCAUUGAGUCUGCUUAGUAUUAUACAUGCAUUUGUGUGCCCAGAGACCUCUGAUUUGAAAGUCUGCCCCACGUAUUUUCAAAUUAAACAAACAUGCAGAAAUGAAUGUACUCACUGUAAGUUAGAGAAACUUUCACAUAAGGAUGUUUUUUGUAGGUCACUGCCACCUUAUUAACAGAGAAUAGUGCUAAUUGGUCACACACCCUGACAUCUCAAUGGGCUGUGGGUGAAGAGUGUGGCCUUAAAGUACAACUCCCCUCCCUUGUUUCCCCUUAAACACAAGAAUGUGCUGGCUUUGUUUGAAAACAAUAGAAGAGUCGCACUUAUGAGCAGGUAAUUCAGUAUUAGCAAAAAGGUGGCAGAGAAGCUCCAGGGCUACGUGUGAUGAGUCAUUUUUUUUAACUCAAGGUAUACUGAGUCUUGUUUUAGACAUUCAUAUUGGGAAAGAACCCAAACGUGUGCAGAGCAUUAGGUUGCUGGUGCAAUCAACUGUUCCGAGGACAUUGUCCAUAGUUUACAUAAUUUUUCAAUGAGAUUUGAGAAUAUCAAGACACUCCUGAGCACAUUUAUGUUUUGAUGAUGGUAUAUAAAUACACGGCAUCAGAACAUUCCAAUUAUUUCACUAAAUCAGAUGGGGCUUUUUGGGUGAUAAAAGGUUUACUUAGUUGCAGUUUAGAUUAGAAUGGACGAGGGGACUCCAUAUGAUAGUUUUCACUGUGGCUACUAGUUUCUCCAAUGUAUAAAGCUAGUAGUUUGCCUGAGAGCACAAAUGAAGUGUUCUGUUGGAAAUUUAGGGUUAUGCUAAGAAAUGACAAAAAAGCAAAAGUCAGUCAUAGUUUCUGAUGUUUUUACUGCUGUGUAUAUGGUGCUACUUUUUGAUACAUACAGUACACCUGGGCUUUACUAGAGAGAUCCUUGCCCGACUGCCUUAAACUCCUACAGGCCUCCAGAUUUAGCUCAGGACUCAUGUAUAUUAUAGUAAUAACUGAGUCAGGAAUCCCAAAUACAAUGCCCUUUUGGAGCAUGCAGGGCUUUAGCCUAUGGCACACGAGUAAGGUCCUGUCUGUGCUGUACAUUGGAAUGGUUUUGUAGCUACAUUCUCUGACCCAGUUGCAACUGCUGUACAGCUGGGCUCUCUAAGGGUAAAGCCUUCUACUCGGUUUGGUGUGAGGUUAAAGGAUAGAUCUCCUUGCACAGCAAAACACAAAAGGGAAACAGUUACUUAGGAAGCCCUGCACUGAGUUUGAGUCAUCAACCACUUGCAGGAGGAGGUGUAGAUAAGGGGGAAAGAAUGGUGCAGCAUCUUCCUGAAGGAGGAAGCAUGGUCCUUGAGCUGCUUCGAACUCCUGGGGCUCUGCACAGCCAUGCACAUGAACAGCAAGCACCUCUGCAUUGCACCCCAGACAGUAUAGCUUCGUUAGGAGUUGUGCUAUUAGUGACUCUGCCUCACUGAGAGGGGGAAGGCACACAGCAGGCGUGAAUACUAGCUGUUAUCUCUGCAGCAAAUGCUAGGGGUUGGUCAGGCACAGUGCCACGACUGUGCCUGGUCAAAUCUAAGGCAUGCUAACCACCCCCAGAGGGCAGAAGGGCCCAGCUGUUAACUUGGGGAAAGGGGGAGGUUGGCUGCAGCUCUGCUUCCUUCCCUCUCUCCUCUCCCAGACUUUGUCUGGCAUAUGCACACAUCCCUCUCUUUUACCCAAAAGGGGAGCCCUUAAGUCACACUUUGAUUUAGUAAGCAUCAAUAAUCUAACCUUUUAUAUGAUGUUUAUAUUUCAUGGUCUGUAUCCACUGUAAAAAUAUUGUGUGACAUACCCAGGGUACAAUCUGGACUAAUGGACAGCUAUGUCCCAUCAAUCUGGGGUGCCUUUUACACUUCUUCGCUGUGAGAACUACCACUCCUGAUCUGCGCGCUCACAGCCUCGCUCCUGUAAAUCACUCCCAGGUGCUAUAGCCAGCCACCCCUGAAUUACACUGCAGGGCACCACCUCCAAACUCCCAGUCCCAAUCUUUCCCCCAGAAAUGUGCAUCUUGUACUGCCCAGCACCCUCCUGCACUAUAUAAGUUCAUAUAAAGUAUGUCAUUUAUUAAUAGAAAAUGGUCUGCACAAAUCUUAUUCUCUCAGGUUUAAAUAAAACAAAUUUGAAGAUUUUUAGUGGCCUACACAUAAUGAGCCACAUCUAUCAGACUUGGUUACAAGGAAAUAAAAGGUAAAACACAACUAAAGCUAAAUGAAUAUAAAGCAAAGGUCUCUCUCACCCCAUGUUCCAGCAGUUCCUGGCUGAACCUCUUUCAGUCAGGAUCUCCCUCCCAGUCUACUGCUGCUUCCUUUGUUGUUCAGGCAUUGAUGAUGCUGUGGGUAGCGAGCAAGGAAGAGAUGAUUUGGGCUGUCUGCCCUCUCCCCUUCAAGCCCUUUCUCUUGCGCAAGAAUAAUCUCCCCCUGAUGUUCACAAGACAGAGUUUGUGGGGGCCAGAAACCUUAAGAUGCUUCUGUGUCAGAAUUUAGAUUUUCUGCCCACACCAUGUCUUCUGCUGAAGCGUGGCCACUUAAUCAGGUGCUGAUCCGUUUGAUCUCAUUGACACCUGGCUGAGGUGCUGGCCAGCCUUUUGUCUCUGGGGAACUUGUUUAUGAUAACCCUUCAGAACAUCUUGGAACAUGGCCUGGUUAAUAUACUGUGGAAUCUUAUCUCUGGAUGUGCAGUGUUGCCACACAUUUUACCCCGGCAGUAAUAAGCAGCAAAUUAGGAGUUUUCAAAUGAUACCUUACACAGUAUGCGUGCUAGAAGCUGGAAAUGAGUGCCAGGGAAUGGAUCACUUGAUAACCUGUUCUGUUCAUUCCCUCUGGGGCACCUGGCAUUGGCCACUGUCAGAAGACAGUUUACUGGGCUAGCUGGACCUCUGGGCUGACCCGGUAUGGCCGUUCUUAUGAACAUAGUUUGGAAAAUAGGAUUGCCACCUUUCUCAUUGCUAGGAACUACUCCCCUUCCCCCCCCCCCCCGCACCCCGGGGUCCUGCCCUUCCUCUUCCUCCCAAGGCCUCGUCCCUUCUCCACUCCCGCUCCCUUCCCCCCACACAGGCAGUGGGUAUAAUAGGCCAGGGGAGGCUCAGCCGUCCCUGGUGCAGCAGCUGCUGCAGGAAGCCUGGUGGCCCCCACCUCUUCCCCUCCCUGCCGGGAGUGGGCUUAUGUGUUCCUUUCACGGGAAGUUUUUUCUUAUUUCUGUGCCAUGCAGAUUCCGGGGCAGCUAAGGAGGCGGUAUCUGCUAUUGAGUUGCCCAGAUCCCUUGGCCUCCCCAGAGAGAUUACUGAAGAACCGGGGAAGCUACGUAGCAGGUGCUGCUGCCUCAGCCAUCCCGGAAGCUGCAUGGAGCAUAUGAAAGCCCAGCACUUGCUGCUGCGGCUGCCUGCUCCAGUCUCCAGCACUCCAGCCCCCUCGCCAGAGGGCCCUGCUGACACCUGCUGGUUCCUCCUCUCUCCUCCUCGCAUCCAGGUCUUCAGCAUUUCCCCCCCCACCGCCCGCAGGGGGCUCGCCUCUUCGUGGAGGAUUUUUUUCAAAUGUCAUUUGCUUGGGUUCAGGGAUUUGGCUGCCAGGGGGGUGCGCACGCAGCGAGUGGUGGAGGAGAGGCGAGAAGCACACAGGGAGGGGGUGGCGUGUGGGCGGGGCCGCGGGCAGAAGAGGUGGGAUGGGGAGCUAGCCACCCCCAAGGGAAGCUUCACCCGCCGCCCAUGCCUCCACAACACACAGCUGGGCUCCCUCUGCUCUGGGGUUGGGACAGGAGCUGCUGCAGUCUGACAAGGUGCCUGCAGGAUUAAUGCCUCCACGCCUCCCCCCACCCCAUAGUAACCAGACUUUUGGUGUUCAGUGAAUACAUCUGACCAGACUCUGCCAGGUCCCCUUUUCGACCAAAGUUGCUGGUGGAAAACCAGGCAUCUGGCAACCCUAAAUGGCACCCAGACACAGAAACCAGCCUGGGUAAAACCCGGAUGGAUGGCACCGCUACUUGUAAAAGGGCGAGGAGGGGAAGUGACCAUAGGGGUACAGACUGUCACAUGUUUAAUUUUAGUGUUUUCUCUACCUUUUACAGUGCCAGUUUUGUAUAACUGGACUUACAGUAGUUUCUUUUGCAGAAGCAGGGACACCAGUUUCAGUAACGCUUUAUCCUGAACUAUUUUGUAAUUAGAAAAGGCUUAUUUGCUUUUGGCUAGGUCCACUUUAAACAUUAUCUCACAAAUUGGGUUUUAUGAAGCUCAAUGUGGCCCAGUAGUCAAAAAUAGUUUCAGGGUGGCAUACCCCCCACACCCCCAUUGGUACACCCAUAGGCACCGACUCUGUGGGUGCUCAAGGACACACGGAGAAAAACUAGGGAGUGUUUCCCACCCAUGGGGCUGGCCGCAUGCCCCCAUCACUUCUUCAGGAGCUGGGUGCCGAUCAGCUGUUGGGCAGGGCUGUCCUGCCACUCUCUGCACCCCCCCCCACUGCCCCUUGGGGGGUGCAGUGGGGGGGGGGGAACCUUAGGGGAGGGGGAGCAGACUGGCAAAAGUCAGUGCCUGUGGGUACAACCACCACUCAUUCACCUUAGCUGCUCUGUUUAAUUGUUUUAGGACUGUUAGUGGUCCUGCUGUAGCCAACACGCUUGAAGUGAAUCUUAUAGGAGUGGAGCAGGGCAGAGGCGUGCCUAGCAGGAAAGAGUAAAAGGUCAGUUACAGUUCAGGAAAUGCAAUCAUCUUGUACAAGCAUAACCUCGAGUGGAGCCUGCCUUCCAAGAGCGCCUCUGUUAGCAGGCUUAGAAACAGUGCUGCUUGAGGCUCCUGCCAUUUGGAAAUAGCCCUCUUUAGACACAUAACCAGCAUGUGUUUAGAGGGAAGAAGACAUUAAAGUCAGUCCUGUUUUGUUUUUGGGCCACUGCUUGUUUGCUAUAAUCUUACCAGCUAGUAGGUAAGACGGAGAAGCAGGUGUAAUGCACUUACAGAGAACAGGAUUACUGCAUUUUAUUUAAGUCUUGACAGUAGCUUCACUCCAAUCUUUGGUAAAAUCAUUUAUACCAGGGCUUACCAACCUGUGAAGUGGGUCUCCUACAGUGUAAUUAAAUAUAUAAUCAAAUGUUUGUAGAUUGUUUGAGAACCUUGGGUGAGAUUGUAAACCAUUAUGGAAUGAACGUUUAGUAUUUGCACUCCACUGACAUUUCAUCACCCAGAGAACACUGACAGUCAAAUCACAUACCUGUUUUGGAAAGUCUGUGGAUUAAAGCAAGCCCUAUUACAGAUAACUGCUAAUUGUAACAGUAUUGGCUAUAAGGGAAACAACCACCCUGUCUUGAACUUUGUUUACAGGCAAAUUAACUAUUUGUAAACAGUAUUUGUUUUUCUAACACUAGCUUAUAAAGCAUUAUUUUGCAGUUAGUAUAAUAUAAUGUUAAAUCCUACUAACAUGUAAAGUAGUCCCUCUUGUACAGAAUUUAAGCUGUUUAAAAUAGAUGUUUCAAGUAAGUGCAGAGAUGCAUCUUGAUGUGUAUAGGUUAUUCAGAAUAAUAAAAUGUAUUUGAAAUUUA